AUGACGUCCAACUGCACAGCUGCGCCGCAGCGCGCCAACGCGCAGAACAAGGCGAUCAACGGCCCCUGGCCGACCAUCCAGUCCGCCAAGGCGCGUGGGAAGAAGGGAUCGCAACCCCCGGGCGCCACCGCCAGCGACACUGCCGCUGGCACGGAGAGCGUGGCGGGCCCGACGAGUGACACGCCGCCCAAGGAGCAGCGCCUGUCAUACCUGGCCAUCGCCAACGGCACGGCCCCCAAGACCCUGGCCACCAACCCCAAGACUGUCCUUGGCAAGGCCAAGCCUAGCGGAGACACCGCUGAGAUGCGGCCGCCCACGGCCACAAUGGCGUCCCUCGGGACUGGCAACAUGCGCCCUGCUGGCAACAAGCUGCAGGCCGCGGCGGGCGGCACGAAGUCGCUGCCGUCCUGCGCAGGUGGCGCGAUUGGCAGCAUCCACGAGGACAAGGGCAGCACGGAUACCAAGACGGCCGACGCCGAGCCCGAGGGCAAUGCCAAGUGCAAUGAGGGCUCUCUGUCCGAGGCGGCCGGGUCCAGCACGGCGGGGCCAGGCAAGAACUCUGCCGUUAAGGCCGCCAAGAAGGCCGAGAAGAAGCCUGUCGGGGCGGGCAAGGGCGCCAAGGGCGACAAGGGGCCGGCCAAGAAGGAGGGCGGCGCCAAGAGCAAGAGCGACAAGAAGAGGGAGUCAAAGCAGCCUGCAAACAAGACCACCUCAAGCGCUGCUGACAGCGCCGCCUCCACCGCCACGAGCAAGGACGGGGCGCCUGCCAUCAACAACACCCCAGAGGAGGCUCCCGCCAGCACCUGCACCGCCCGGGGCGAGCCCACCGCGCCCGCAUUCAGCCUCAAGAGCGGCAGCGCGGGCGCGUGCCGCUUUGCCGGCGCCAGGAGGGUCGCGGCCGGCAAGCCCCGCCCGGACAAGGGCGCCGCUGGCAGGUGCGAGCACAAGGCGGGCCGUGGCAAGGUUGGCGUCAAGGCGUGCAAGCAGGCCGCGCCGGCCAGCAAGGCGGCCGAGGCCACGGCCCCCCUCACCAACGGCGCCCCCAUUGUGGAAGCCGCUGCCGAGGACGAGGGGAUGGCUGUCAAGGGGACCCUGGAUGAGGUCGAGACGGCCUCCGCCACGCCCGACCAUGUGACUGACAACACCGGCCCCGCCGACACGGCAGGCGAGAGCGCCACCAUUGACGCCGCCACAGAGCCCGCCAACGUCGCCGCCACCGACGCCGCCACCGACGCCGCCACCGACGCCGCCACCGACGCCGCCACCGACGCCGCCACCGACGCCGCCACCGACGCCGCCACCGACGCCGCCACCGACAACGACUGCUGCAAGGGCGCCGCGGCCGCGGCGCCCGAGGGCAAGGCGGCCCCAAUCGACGACAGCGGCAGCAGCGAUGCCGCGGCCGGGGAGGAGGAGACAGUGCCCUACCGCGGAGCGGCCGCCGUCGCCCACCCCAGCUGUGACGCGGCGGACGACGCCGGCUGCUGCGCUGACACCGCCGCCACGGUCCCACUCGACGGCGACGGCUUCAUCACCUGCCCCGCCAGCGUCAAAGACCCGGCUUGCGCACGCGCCUCCAGCUGCGGCGGCGGUGACGGCCCCGGCACGCCCGAUUCCACCUCCGACUCGCGCCGCCCGGGGCCAUUCCGCUGGGGCAGCGGCGCCAGCCGCCUGAGCAGCGCCAGCAGCGGCUUGGGUCGCCGCAGCAGCACCGGCAGCGGGGCGGGUGCCGCCGCCGCCUGCGACAAUGACGGCGUUCCCGUCCCUCUCGCCGCGGGCGGUCGCCUCUCGUCCUGCGCCGGCCAGGUGCCGUGUGUGGAGGCUGCAGCGGCCCUGCCCGCUGCCGCCACGGCAUCUGUACAUCCACAAGAGCUCAAUGUUGCCUCCUGCCUCACCAGCGCUGCGCUCCUGGAAGAUCCAUACACCUUCCAGGAGGACUUGGCCGCCGCCCUGCAGCCCGCCCAGGCCGCGCGCGCCGCCGCCUCUGCUGGUGCCGUCGACUCCGCGGCGAGCCCCGUCGCCGCGGCGUUUGAUGCGCCGAUCAUCGAUGCGCUCGCCGCAACGGUGGUGGACGGCAUCGCCGCCGGCGGCAGCUCCGCCCUGCACAUUGUGGAGGACGCGCGUGUUUGGGGUCGGAGCGUCGGAGAUGUCAUGUUCGUGGUCGCGGCCGCCGCGCCGCAGCUGCUGCAGGCAACGGAGAGCGCCGGAUGCGGCGGCGACGGCGGCGGUGUCGCCCUGCCGUCCUUCCUCCUGCUGACGGCUCUGGCGGGCGCGGCCCCGCCCGCGGACGGCUCUGGUGUCGACGCCGCGGCAGCAGAGCGCCAGGCCCUGGUGCGUUUGCGCAUGCCCGCGGCGCUCAGUGCCGCGGGCCUGACGGCAGCACCCUUUGGCGACGGCGCGGCGACGGCAGGGGCCGUGUCGCGCCGCGUGGGCGCGGUGCUGGGCGCCGCGCAGUCGGCAGCGCUUGCGGCGGGCGCCGCGCCGCCGUGGGCGGGCGCAGAGGCCGCGGCGGACGCGGCGGCGGCGGUUGCUGCGGCCGCCCUGCUGGAUGGCGAUGACGUGGCGGCCCUCUGCGAGGCAACGCAGGGCGCCGCGAGCACGCUGCUGGCCCCCGGUGCGCACCAGGCGCUGCUGCCGGCGCCUGUGAUGGCGCAGCUGUGCCAGGCCUUGGCCACUGUGCACCAGGUGGACAAGGGCCUGGCCAGGCAGCAGGCAGAAGGGAGGGUGCAGCGGCUGCAGCAGCAGCUGGGGGAGAGGGGCGCAGAGGUGCGGCUGCUGGGGGAGAGGGUGGAGGAGCAGGCGCGAGAGAUCGCCGCCCUGAGACAGGAGGCGGCGGCCACGCGUGCCAGGGUGAGGGCGUCGGCCGUGGUUGUCCAAGAUGAGGAGCAGGAGGAGGAGCAGCAGGGCGAGGUGCAGCGGGAAGAAGAGGUGCGGGGAGAGGCGCAGCGCGCCGUGGUGGCUCCAGCGGCGGCUGAGCCGCCUGCGGCAGCCGUUGUCAGGCGGCGUCGCGGCUCAAGGCUGCGCUCGCUGGUGCGCUGGGGUGGCGCGGCGGCUGUGGCGGUUUGCUGCGGCGCAGCGUUUGGGCUGGCCAGGGCGCGGCGGCGCUGA